CGAGGGACCUUUUUCAGAACUGAGUUCGGCCGCGUUUAAUUUCUUCUGAGAUUUUUUCUUCCUCAGGGGGAAAAAGCGUGCCACCACAAUAGUGGAGGCCACUACCCAACUCUUCCACCUAACGGCAAGUCUUUCUUCAAUGGAUUGAGGGUUUCGACGAGCUCUCGCGAUGCGUUGCCAGAGGUUCUUCGGCGGCAAGGCGGUUACUUUCGUCUCGGACCUGACCACCGGCCUUCUGAACCCAAUAUCGGACGAACCAUUGUGCCGCCGUCGUUUUCAGCAUGAAGAAGCGACGAUGAAGCUUGAGGAGGACAAGGUUGUCCCAGAAAAUGGGUCUGGGAUACAGCUUAACGGCCCGGACACGUCUUCUUUUACUGCUUUCAUCUAUUCUCUGCUAUCACCUUCGGAUUCCCAAGAUCAUUAUUCCAGUGACGAGGAGGAAUCUGAUGGACCAUCUUUGAAGUCAAAAAGCAAAACGAACAAUAUUCGCAGGCCUUUUUUACCGUUUAAAGGGAGGAAGAAAUUACUCGGAGGGGCAGUGUGGCAAGAAAUGGGGAGGAAAGCAGAUGAUUAUAGAAAUAUGAAAUCAGAUGGACAUGUCAAAAAUGGUGAAAGGAAUGAGCAGAAGUUGGUUGAGUGUGAAAUGAAGAUGUUUCAGGUCUCAAAGGAUGUUGUAUCAGAUGUCGCCCUUCCUGAUGUUUCUGAGCCUUCAUUACUUCUUUCAGAAACUACUCGGGGGAUCCUCUGUCCCUUGCUACCUGCUCUGAUCCAUGGGACAAAGUGGGUGCUGCUUUAUAGCACUUGGAGACAUGGAAUCUCGCUCUCAACUCUGUAUCGGCGAAGUGCGCUCUGUCCCGGAUCAUAUCUUCUGGUCGUUGGUGAUAGGAAAGGUGCAGUCUUUGGUGGAUUAAUAGAGGCACCACUGAGACCCACAAGCAGGAGAAAGUAUCAGGGAACAAGCAAUUCUUUUGUUUUCACUGAUAUAUCCAGGACUCCUGUUGUCUUUCGUCCAACAGGUGCAAAUCGUUAUUUCACUCUAUGCUCACCUGAAUUCUUAGCACUGGGUGGGGGUGGCCAUUUUGCACUCUAUUUGGAUGGAGAUCUAUUAACAGGAUCGAGUUCUGCAUCGGAGACAUUUGACAACCCCUGUCUAGCUCACACACCUGAGUUUGAAGUGAAGGGGGUUGAGCUCUGGGGUUUUAAAUAUGCUUCGAAAUGUGGGGAACGAGAAACUCCAUUCCACCCUGUGGAGGCAGCUAGCUUAUGCAGCUGAAGAAACAUCCUUGCAGGCUCCGUUAGACCUUUUGCUGCAUGAUACCGUCUACUUUGAGAAAUUGUUGUGGCAUUGCGGGGAAAAGGUUGAGGUGGCGUUCAGCUUCAGACAUAACUUUCAGGGUAAUUAUGGUUACCGAGUUGUAAAUAUUAACCUGUAUAUAAUGUUAUACCUUUUGACUCGUUUUUACUUGGAAUUCUUCUCUUCUGUUGCAUUUAGCAUGACUCAGGCAACUGAUUCAGAAGGUUUUCCUUGAAUAUAAAGGGAUCAACCUCUGUUCAAUCAACUAAAACAAAUUUACGCUGGCAUACUUUAAUAAAGUUGUGGAACCUCUUGAAGGCACUGGAAAUCCAGCAGUGCGAAGGCAUAUGGCAAUUACCAAAGCAUGAUAAAGAUGGCCUCAUUGUUCACCGAAAGACGACUUGUUGCUGCUAAUUGUCUUCCUGUAUCUUGACAUCGAAUUCUGUGCUGGAUCUAGCACCAACAGCUCUUUCUAUUUGUCAUUUACGUUGGUAAUGGAGGCUUCCAAUAAAGUUAGCAUUUUUCAA